AUGAUGAAAAUUGUGGUUUUCUUUGCCGUCUUGGCUGGAUUUGUUGCUGGUGAGUUGGCAGAAGACCUUUUUCUUUAUGGCUUCAAAAAAAUCCGACGAUUGGCCAUCGAAAAAUCUUCAGUUGAAAUUUUGACAUAAAUUUAAACCCCCCAAAAUUUCAGCUCAAAACAGCACGUCUCAUCCAUUCUACACCGCCGAAGAGGACCGUCUAAAAGUCUCCGGCAGCCCUCCUCCAGUUUUGCCCAACAACGGGUCUGACAAGGGAAGUCACUUUUUUCGCAGACGGAUUUUGGAACGGGACCUAGUAGGUUUCAAACGUGAAGCGUCUGCAAUCAUAGAACGGAUCUCCAAAAGUGUUUACGACGCUUCUCGGCCGAGAAAAUCGACCGCAAAGUUUAGCCGAAAUGAGCGAAUGGCCUCCUCAAAAGAAACAGCUUAUUUUAUCUGCAGUGGUGGCCGAGUGGUCAUUGCGCUCGCUUUUUGCGCCAGAAGAGGCGGGUUCGAUCCUCUGCGCAGUUUAUUUUCUUUUUUGGUUCGUAAAUAUUGA